AAGUUCGAACUUCUUUCUGCACCUGAACGCUGACAGGAGCUGCUGACCUUUGACAAGUGAAACUCUUCACCUGUGGAAAAAGUGCUAACUUGUUGAAAGGUGACAGACAUUAAAGAAAAGAUCUCUGCUGAACAUCUGGAAGUGAGAAAGCAGCUGUUGCAGUGAGGAAAAAAAUGGUCUCCAGUGGUUUCUGCCGUGAGGAACACCUGCUGACUUUAGGCAUCGUCCGUUUGCUGGAUGACCGCUAUGCUGCUCUGCCUCGGCCAGGACGCGUUCUUCAGAUGAUCGUGACCAACCUGAGGAACCGUCCUCUGAGCAGCACAAGUGUCGCCUCCAUGAGGGAGUCCAUCCUGAGCAUGUACCACCACCUCAUCACAGGCUCCAAGGACUUCCCUUUGAUUCCAUUCAAGGGGUCCUUACGGACACGUCAGACGGCCACACCCUUCGUCCCCGUGGACCAGGAGGAGAGGGAGAACACCACACCCUCUUUAACGGACGAACCAGCUGGUAUUUUGGUUCCCACUGCAGGCUUGAGCUCUUCAGCUCCUAAUAUACUGACUGCAGCUCAUCCUGAGAGGACGGAGCUGGGGGCCCUGAGGGCCGACCCCAGGAACUGUGUCCGACGGAUGGAGUUUGACGGCGAGACUGUGACCAGAGUCAUCUCCACUGGGUCCCGCUUUGAAGGCACCGAGGUGACCAACCGCUGGAGAGUGAGUGACUACAGCGGAGACGGUCGCAUUCUCAUGUCCGUCCUCUGCCAGUUCACCAGAGAGUCCACGUAUUGUGCACGGACUCUGAGGAAGAAGAGGAAGGGCACUGAGGAAGAGAGCAGCACUCGACCAAAGAAACGCCUGAGAGUGUGACUGACGUUUUAUUGUCUUGCUGGCAGGGUGGCAUGAAAGACCUUUAGUUUUUACUCCUCAGGGCUGGCCUUUGCUUUUGGCAGGGCUUGUCAGGCCCCUGGUAGCGUCUUGCACCGGGGCCCCUGCACCAUAUGAAACAGGUGGUUGUCUGAGGGGUAAAUAUUGUAUAUAUGUAUAUAGUUUGUUCAUCAUGGAUGUAGCACACAGGCUCAGUGUUUUCAGUGCGUCU